GGCGCCUCAUAGGUUUUGUCAUCUCUCUCAUCAAAACCGUCUUCAAGUCCCUUACCUUCUUUUCAACAGUGCCGAGCACUCAUAUUUUAAUCAUUGUUGAGCUGUGCUCUUCAUUCUUUCAUUUUACCAUUGUAAUACACAGACACUCGGUGACCCGCAUCCAGUCCUUUCAGGAAAACAAAAAGAAACCGACCAUUCAUAAUGAAGACUAUUUACCCACUACUCACUCUCCUUUCGGCUGCGGCCGUAGCCGCCGGUCCUCUCCCAAGGAACGUACAGCCACUUCCGAACGCAAACCUCAAGCCUACCCGCGUCGUCGCGCGCACGCAAAUGCCUGCCGAGGCUGCACCAGCACCAGCACCAGCAGCAGAAGUUGAUCCUGCCAAAGCUGCCGCGGAUGCUAUGGAAGCGAUGCAUGCAGCUGAAGCGGAGGCCAAAGAAAAAGCUCAUCAAGAGGCUGCUAAGCAGAUGGAGGCCAUGCAUCAGGCAGAGGCAGAGGCAAAGGAGAAGGCCCACCAAGAGGCCGCUAAGCAGAUGGAGGCUAUGCACCAAGCAGAAGCCGAAGCAAAAGAAAAGGCACACCAGGAAUCCGCAGCAGCUAUGGAAGCCAUGCACAUUGCAUCUGAGAAAGCAAAGGACGCUGCCCACAAGGCGUCGGCUGAUGCCAUGGAAGCUAUGCACGUCUCGCGAGAAAUGGCCAGCAUCUCCAUGGCCAUGAAGACAGAGGCUCCAGCUGCUACUCCUCCUCCACCACCACCUGCUGCCAUGCCUCACGAGCCUCCUGCCCCGGCCCCUACACAUGUUAUUCCCCCUCCCGCCGCCGAGAUGCCACCACCACCACCACCUGCUCACACAAUGGCACCCCCUCCACCUCCCGCUGCAGAGAUGCCACCUCCACCUCCUGCCCACACAAUGGCACCCCCUCCACCUCCUGCCGCGGAAAUGCCUCCUCCUCCCCCAGCUCACGAGAUGCCAGCUCCAUCUGCCCCAGCUGCUGCAGAGAUGCCGCCACCGCCUCCUGCUCAUGUGAUGCCACCACCUCCCCCUGCUCAUACAAUGGCGCCUCCUCCUCCUGCUGCGGAGAUGCCACCUCCCGCACCCGCUCAUGAGAUGCCUCCUGCUGCUGAGAUGACUCCUCCUGCCAAGAUGUCUUCUGCUCCCGCUGAAAUGCCUUCUGCUCCCGCUGAAAUGCCAUCUCCACCUCCCGCUGCUGAGAUGCCCCCAGCCGCUGGUGGCAUGAACGGCAGUGAAGCUGCACCGCCUACAUCAUCUGCUCCCCCUGCGGCUGAGGUCACCGAAAGCUUCUCUCUGAUUAUGGAUCAGGCUGCUAAGGCUACUGGUGCUGCCAACAUGACUGCUUCCCCGGCCAUGAGCACCCCUGCGGCGCCUGCUGAAACCGGUGCUGCUGAGGAAGAGAAGAAGAAGGCUGAAGAGGAGCAGAAGAAGGCAGCUGAAGAGGAGAAGAAGAAGAAGGCCGAGGAAGAAAAGAAGGCCAAGGAAGAGGCUGACAAGGCUGCUCAGGAAGAGGAGAAGAAGGCUGCAGAGGAACAGAAGAAGCAGGAGGAAGCUGACAAGCAGGCUGCCGAGGAGGAAAAGAAGAAGCAAGAGGAGGCUGCUCAAGCCGAGAAGCCCGCUGAGGACGCUGCGCAAGACAACAAGGGCGAAGCCGAAGCCUCAGCCCCUGCCGAAGCACCUGCUGAGGUACCUGCUGAAGCGCCUGCCGAAGCGCCCGCCGCACAGGAACAGCAACAAGAAGCAGCCGGCGAAGCAACCAUCAAGCUACCAGCUGGCUUCCUCACUUCCUCACGUCUGCGCCGCGCCAAUCUCGCCAACGUACCCGUUAAGCGCGGCAUGAAGGCUGUCGCUUUCUAAACGCCCGGUCCCCAUUUUUUCUUUUUUGUGUACUUAGUAUAUGGGAUAAAGUGAGAGGCGGGUUGAUGAAGAAGACAAUUAGAUGUGUGUGUAUGUGUGAUUAUAAGCACAGGACUGUUUAGCGUUGUCCGUGAUGCUGGUUAGACGAGAAAGCGCGUUUAGAGAAUUAUUAGUGUAGCGUAGUUACUUGACCGAGUGCAAUCAUC